AUAUCAAAAAACAAAUGAGCUCUUAUUUUGUAAACUCAUUUUGCGGUCGCUAUCCAAAUGGCCCGGACUACCAGUUACAUAAUUAUGGAGAUCACAGCUCGGUGAGCGAGCAAUACAGGGACUCCGCCAGCAUGCACUCCGGCAGGUACGGAUACGGCUACAAUGGCAUGGACCUCAGCGUCGGGCGCUCUGCUUCCACCCACUUUGGUGCCAAUGAGAGACCCCGCAGUUACCCGGCCAACACCACCUCUGCCUCGACAGAGCCCAGGUACAACCAGCCCGCGACGUCUUCCCACUCGCCUCCCCCUGACCCUCUGCCCUGCACCGCCGUGGCCGGUUCGCCUGUCAGCGAGAGUCACCACGGGGUGAAAAACUCCCUCGCCAACUCCACCAGCACUUCGUCCAAUUCCAGCAGCAACACGCACAUCAGCAGAGACGGGGUUGGCACCUCGUCUGGGACUGAGGAAGACACUCCAGCAAGCAGCGAGCAGGCAAGUGCCCCGACCGACCAAAGCACAGCCCAGCCUUCACAGCCCCAGAUCUACCCCUGGAUGCGAAAACUGCACAUAAGUCAUGACAACAUAGGGGGACCAGAAGGGAAAAGGGCUCGGACUGCUUACACCCGCUAUCAGACCCUGGAGCUCGAAAAGGAAUUUCACUUCAAUAGAUACCUGACCCGCAGAAGAAGGAUUGAAAUAGCACAUGCUCUUUGCCUCUCAGAGAGACAAAUAAAGAUCUGGUUCCAAAACAGGAGAAUGAAAUGGAAAAAGGAUAAUAAGCUGAAAAGUAUGAGCAUGGCAGCUGCAGGAGGGGCAUUCCGUCCCUAAGCGUUUGAUCAAUUAAAAGUACUGAGCAGUAUUAGCUGACCCUGCGUCGUCUCAUGUCAGUACUAAGUUGACUUUCUAAAACUUCCUUGUGUUACUUCUGUGAAGAAACCCUGUUCUUGUCGCCCUUAUUCAUCUUUUAAUCAUGAGCCUGUUUAUUACCAUUCUCUCGCGUGUAUAAGUAGAUCUGCUUUUAUCGUACAUUUCUUUGUCUUGAAUGGCUUUGUCUUGAAAAAAAUAAUAGAUGUUUUAACUUAUUUAUAUGAAGCGAGCUGUGUUACUUGAAGUAACUGUUAAAACAAAACAAAACUAAACAAAAAAUAACAAAAAGGAAAAAAAAAGAAGUUUAAAAAAAAAAAAGGAGAGAGAGAAAGGAAACCCUCCCCCGAUUUAGUACAAAUGUUAUGUGUUGCACUCAACCUGCUUAACUGUGCAUGUGUGGUCAAGUGUUAAUGUCUGUAUAGCUCCAAGCUGUUAAAAAUAUUUUUAUUCAAACUACCUAUAUAAUUCCUGUGUAAUUAAUGCUGUUGUAGAGGUGAAAUGAUGAAAUCAACUGAACUUGUCCUACGUGUAGUGAAUAGUGAAUCUGUGACGAAAACUGUGAUUCCAAGCAGUAUGUCCUUGCUGUGCCUUUGUAUAUGACUCUUUGCACGAACUCUUAGAAGUGGCUCUUAUUAAGCGCAGCUUCUGUGAUGUAUGUUUUUUGUGAACAAAGUUACAAAUAUAGUCAAAGUCUGGCUGUUUGAGCAAACUGUGAUCAGCUUUUUUUUUUUUUUUUAUUAUUAUUAUUUGUUUUUAAAAAAACCUGACUGGAAAU